GGCUGGCCAAGGGUCCCCCCAGGCUCCAUCAAGCUGGGCCCCAGCAGGACGGGCCCACCAGGUCAGCAUGCAGGGGCGGAUCGGGACCAAACUGUCAGCUUUCUUCUUCGAAUAUGACACCCCCCGCAUGGUGCUGGUGCGGAACAAGAAGGUGGGGGUCAUCUUCCGCCUCAUCCAGCUGGUGGUCCUCAUCUACGUUAUAGGAUGGGUCUUUCUCUUCGAGAAGGGCUACCAGACAGCCGACAGUCUCAUCAGCUCAGUGUCAGUGAAACUCAAGGGCCUGGCGGUGACCAACAUCUCUGGCCUGGGCCUACAGGUCUGGGACGUGGCGGAUUACGUGUUCCCAGCACAGGGGGACAGCUCCUUCGUGGUGAUGACCAACUUUAUUGUGACGCCCAGGCAGGCUCAGGGAUACUGUCCUGAUAAUGCAGAUGGAGGCGUCUGUCAGAGUGAUAGCGAGUGCCCACCAGGGAAACCCAAACGAAAGGGCCAAGGCAUCCGGACAGGCAAGUGUGUGGAUUUCAACAGCACGGUCAAGACCUGUGAGAUCCAGGGCUGGUGCCCAGUGGAGGUGGACGAUCACGUUCCCAACCCAGCACUCCUGAGGGAGGCAGAAAACUUCACUCUCUUCAUUAAGAACAGCAUCAGUUUCCCCCGGUUCAGAGUAAACAGACGGAACCUGGUUGAAACGGUGGACAAUCGGUAUAUAAGGACCUGUGUGUACCACAAGAACAGGGACCCCCUGUGCCCUGUCUUCGAGCUGGGCUCCAUCGUGAGAUAUUCCGGCCAGAAUUUCAGCACCUUGGCUGUGAAGGGAGGAGUGGUCGGGAUCACCAUCGACUGGAACUGUGACCUGGACUGGGCAGUGCGGCACUGCAAGCCUGUCUAUGAGUUCCACGGUCUGUACAAUGAAGAAAACAAUGUCUCACCAGGCUUCAACUUCAGGUAUGCCCGCUACUACAUGGAGAACGGGACUCACCGCCGGCACCUGUUCAAGGUGUUUGGAAUCCGCUUUGACAUCCUGGUGGAUGGCCAGGCGGGCAAAUUCAAUAUCAUCCCCACGAUGACAACUAUUGGGUCCGGCAUUGGAAUCUUUGGGGUGGCCACCGUGCUCUGCGACCUGCUGCUGCUACACAUUUUGCCCAAACGUCACUACUACCAGCAGAAGAAGUUCAAGUACGCCGAGGCAGACACGGGCCAGGGUCCUGCAAGGAACAAUGAAGACACCUCCAGCUCCACCAUGGUCCUCCAGGAGACUCUGAAGGCGCCCUGAAGUGUGGCAGGAUGUCCCUUCUCCUCCCUCCAUCCCCUGAUCCAACCUUCUCAGUCGUGCUAGAACACCUGGGUCCCAUUGCCUGCUGCUGACUUCAUCCCAGCUCCACCAUGGGACUCAGAGAGACCCUGUGUUUUGUCUUCUUUCACAUGGGAGAUGAGUGUGCCAGCUGGGCACACGCCUGUUGUGCUCUUGAGUACUCACCUGUGCCCAUCCCUGCGAAUGCGUGUGCCUGUGCGCACACACGCACGCAUCCAUGCACACACACACACACACAUACCAAACACACCCUUGUCUGUGUUCCCCUAUGAUCACACCUGCUCAGAGAUGCCCAUGCAUACUUAGCCCCCACAUGUGCUAGAGUGUCCAUGAAGACACACCCAGAGCCCAACCCUGCAUCCCUUCUGCCCCACCCCAAGGCUGCUCUGCCCUAAAACUUUCAUUGAGCUGCACUCCAGCCCCCACCUGAGCUGUGCCCGACCAUGUGGCUGAUGGCUCCCUUCCCUACCUUCCCGGAGGCUUGGACAUUUUCAUGGACAGACAUGGACAACCGCAGCCUGGCUGGCCUGUGCCCCCUGCGGGGGCUGGCAGCUGGAAAGCUCGCACCAGCCUCUGGGACUCUACCCACCAUGGCAGCGCUGACUGGAGAGGAGGCAUGAGCUGCCCAGCCUUUCCCCGGGGCUUGGGUUCGUGUGCCCUGGAGUAGGGAGAGGUGCACAGCAGAGGCAGCCUCGGGGCUCCAGCAGGCCCCAGGUCGGUGCUCCGGCUAAGGAGACCCCAGGGGCAGACUAUGGGAUUGUUCCAAUAAACAGCCUCUAGUUUGGGUGCGUGUCUCCCCUGGCAUGGCCAGGCUGAGCUGGGAGUCGGGAAGGGUGCCCCCAGAGGCAGGAGUGGCUCAUUCCAGGAGCACCUGGGCAAACUUGGGGCCUCUUCUGUGCAUGGCACUGGGCCAGCCCCAAAACAUACAAAGAAAGUAAACACGCCCUGUUCUGCAGAAGCGUCCUUCCGUUCUUGGAGGGAAUGGGGCAGACACACAGAGAAGCGACGCAUUGCACGGAGAUCUGAGGAGGGGAGCAGGAGGCCAGGAAGGAUUCACCCACAAAAAGCCUC